AAGUUCAAUUCCCAGAAGCCUCAGCUGCCUUGAGCCAAGGCUGGGGCUUCUGGGCGAUGGAGUCCCAGGAGAUGGAAGGCGAGGGGGAAGGAAGCCGAGAAGGAAGCAAGCCCAAGAAGCCUCUUCUUUGUCUGCCUGUCUGGCUUUCCCUUUGCAGCCGCAGUCCUGUUCCUUUAACGCUAAGCCCCGCCUCUCUAUGGGCGCCUCCUCGUGGCCGCCAUGUCCAGGCCGGGCGGAAGUAGAGCGAGAGGGAGGCCUCCGCUCCCUAGAGAGGCCGGAUGAAGUGCUUAGGAGGGGAGCAGAGAGUGACGCUCUUCGCUCUGAGCUCACUUCCGGAGGAGCGGGGCCUUGUCUCGGGCGCCUUCCAGACCAGGCCUGCAUCCGGGUGUUUCGGGCCUGGCCUCCCUCAGGGACUCCUCAGAGGCGGCGUUCCCUUCUCCCUCAGCCGGAGCCCCAAUGACGAAGAGUGUUAAAGCACUGAGCUGCUGAACUUGCAGACCGAAAGGUCCCAGGUUCAAAUCCUGGGAGCGGGGUGAGCAUCCGCUGUUAGCUCCAGCUUCUGCCAACCUAGCAGUUCAAAAACAUGCCAAUGUGAGUAGAUCAAUUGGUACCACUCUGGCGGGAAGGUAACAGCGCUCCACGCAGUCAUGCCGGCCACAUGACCUUGGAUGUGUCUACGGACAACGCCGGCUCUUCGGCUUAGAAAUGGAGAUGAGCACCAACCCCCAGAGUCAGACAUGACUGGACUUGACGUCAGGGGAAACCUUUACCUUUACCAUUUCCCUAAAGGGACUUGGGGCAGCUUACAUGGGGCCCGGCCCAGGUGAUUACAAUCCUUGUAACCUCUGAAUAAAUCUUUUGAAGAACACCUAGUGAGAGUGUUGGCCGAGGAGUCCAGUAAGUCUAAAGUGACUUGAAGAUACACAACAUAAGAAGAAGAAAAAAUAAGUAGUACACAAAUAUAUUUUAAGCUACAUACCUGUGCAGAUAGUGCUGUAAAAAGAACGGCUUGGGAAAGCCAGCAGAAUUCUACAGCAGUACAAACACAGUACUGUUCAAGAGGUUAUAAACACCUGGCAUAAUAUUUGAAUUAUAAAUUUAAAAGAAUGGCAAGUCCUCUACCUCCCUAUCCCAAAUCACACACAUGGGAGAACUUUCAUUGGUAUAUGGAAUGUGGAAAGCCUUUCAGUCACAGUGGAAAUCUGCUUUGCCAUGAAAGGGCCCACACAGGGAAGAAGCCACAUAAAUGCAUAGAAUGUGGAAAGAGCUUCAGUCACAGUUCGGAUCUGCGUUCCCAUCAAAGGACCCACACAGGGGAGAAGCCAUAUAAAUGCAUGGAAUGUGGAAAAAGCUUCAGUCAGAGUGGAUGUCUGCAUUCCCAUCAAAGGACCCACACGGGGGAGAAGCCACAUAGAUGCAUGGAAUGUGGAAAGAGCUUCAGUCAGAGUGGACAACUGCAUUCCCAUCAAAGGACCCACACAGGGGAGAAACCACAUAAAUGCAUGGAAUGUGGAAAGAGCUUCAGUCACAGUCACAGUCUGCGCUACCAUCAAAGGAUCCACACAGGGGAGAAGCCACAUAAAUGCAUGGAAUGUGGAAAGAGCUUCAGUCAGAAUGCACAUCUUCAUUCCCAUCAAACGACCCACACAGGAGAGAAGCCAUAUAAAUGCAUAGAAUGUGGAAAGGGCUUCACUCACAGUUCGGGUCUGCGUUCCCAUCAAAGGAUCCACACUGGGGAGAAGCCACAUAAAUGCAUGGAAUGUGGAAAAAUCUUCAGAGAAAGUUCAGCAUGCAGUAGACAUCAAAGAACUCAUGUGUGCCUGGAGGAGGACACCUGCCUUUGAGUUUCCUAGUUCUCUUUAAAAGAACUAGGAAAGAGGAAUGCCGCCACCUUAGAAUCAUAGAAUAGUAGAGUUGGAAGAGACCUCAUGGGCCAUCCAGUCCAACCCCCUGCUAAGAAGCAGGAAAUCGCAUUCAAAGCACCCCCGACAGAUGGCCAUCCAGCCUCUGUUUAAAAGCCUCCAAAGAAGGAGCCUCUACCACGGCCCGGGGGAGAGAGUUCCACUGUCGAACAGCUCUCACAGUGAGGAAGUUCUUCCUGAUGUUCAGGUGGAAUCUGUCAGCGGGGAUGAUGGGUAGCAGAGUGAAAUCCAAAAAUUCACCAUCCCGGUUCACCUCCUUCUCUCCAGACUGUUUC